CUCCGUCUUACUCCGUGAAAUGAUCCUCUGUAAAAGCAAUAGCCGUGGUCCGUUGCCUAUUUUGGCUUAGACCGGCGCACGCUCGGCUUUCAAAGGGCGCAGUGUCCGGCGAAUUAUCGCCGGCUUCGCUCCACUUUGCCCCGGAAGCCUUGCUCACCUCUGACGCUAUAAACAACCCCCACCCGCUCCUUCGAUCUGCUCUAUCUUUUACUCGUUAUCAGAAAAGCAGACAUGACUGCUGUUACCGCAUACUUCUAAAAUCAACGUAUACGGAGUCAACUAGAAGCCCCGUCUAGCAUUACCAGCGAUGCUGUGCUCGUUAACACAGCCUGAAAUGGCCCAAGUUGGUGCCAUCCACGAUGCAUCUCCUCCUCCUGCCCCCCGUCAAACAACCUUUGACGAAGAACAGAUCCAGAUCCAGCAUGCUGUACGCUCCAUGAACGGGGCCUACGACUGGAUGGGCCCCGACGAUAAAGACAACCCGCGCAACUUCUCGCUCGCCUUCCGCAUCUACUCCACCGUUGCCAUCACUUUCAUUGCAAUGGUUGGCACCGUAUCCGGCGCCAUGUACGCCCCCGCAAAGGACGACGUCGCUGCCACCUUCAACUGUAGCCACGAGCUUGCCAUUGUACCCUUGUCGCUAUACAACCUCGGGCUUGCAUUCGGACCCCUCGUCGGCGCACCACUCUCCGAGACAUAUGGCCGUAAAGCGGUACUCCUCGUCUCCGGCCUCGUCUUUAUGCUCUUCUCCAUCGGCGCUGGCUUUGCGCAGAGCCUCACUGCGCUGACUGUCUGCCGCUUCUUUGCGGGCAUGUUUGCCGCGCCGCUCAUUAACAAUGCGCCCGCGACUAUGCUCGACUUUACACCCGGCAGAUACAGAGGCGUGAGCUUGAGCGUCUACUAUACCAUUCCUUCGGUAGGUGCCGCGCUGGGCCCGUUGCUCGGUGGCUUUAUUGUACCGGCUGGUGGGUGGCGCUGGACGCAGUGGGCAUCUGUGCUGUUUGCUGCUGCUGCGUACAUCCCCAUCUUGUUUACGAGAGAGACGUACAAGAAGAUUAUCCUGCGCCGCCGUGCUUUGAGACUUGGCCUGGUGGACUCGGCGUCGCAGCUUACAUCGGCGAGUCGUGUGUUUCGGUACUUUGCCACGACGCUCAUUCAGCGCCCGCUUCACAUGUUGUUUACGGAGCCCAUUGUUACGCUGGUGAGCUUGUACUGUGGCUUUCUUUAUGGUCUUCUGUACACAUUUGUUGUGUCGGUGCCGUGGAUCUUUAGCAAUUACUACGGGUUUACUGGGACGGGCACGUCGCUGGCGUAUCUUGGUAUGAUAGGCGGAACCAUCAUUGCGUCGAUUCCACUUGUUGCUAUUGACAUGAAGUUUUAUCAGCCUCGACUGGCUAGAUGGCAGGCACAGAAUGGCGAUGAGGUUGCUCUACCAUGUGAAAGUCGUUUGAUUGGCGCGUUAGUAGGAAGCAUCAUGUUGCCCCUAAGCCUGUUUGCCGUGGGCUGGACAGCACAGUAUCAAGUGAACCCUGUAGUGCCUAUUUUUUGUCAGGGUUUGGUGAUGCUGAGCUCUCUACUCAUUUACGCCAGUACUAACCUCUUUAUGCUGGAUUCAUAUGGACCCCUGUACGGUGCAUCGGCUUCCGGUGCCCUCAUGCUCAGUCGAUAUAUUCUCAGCGCGGCUUUCCCGCUAUUCGCCCUACAAAUGUUUAUGGCUCUUGGCGCUGGAUGGGCAUCGAGCUUAUUAGGUUUCAUUACCGUCAUCAUGGCGCCUAUUCCAUGGUGUUUCUGGAUGUGGGGAGACAAGCUUCGCAAGAGAAGCAAAUACGAGACGAGCUCGUAAUGAAUGAUUAAUGAAAGCAUACGAAGCAUAAGCAUUUACACACCACUCAAUAUAUCAUGUAUAAAAUGAAAACCGAGUUGAUAUCUUUUGA